GCCGGAGGGGCCGUUUGGAGGGCGAGGGAGGGAAAACGGAAUGGGUAUGGCAGCCCAGUAGAGCCCGGCCCAUCCAAGAGUACAAGCGGGACCCGCACGUCAGUCACACGCACAAGUCCUCCCGAGUCCACCACCUCCUUCCCCUUCCCCCGAUCUUAUCCUCGGCGAAGCUGCUGCUCUAAUGGCGGAUCCGCCGUCGUCGUCCCCGGCCGACGAGGCGCGGGAUCCAGGUAGCUCAGAAGCUGCUGCUCAUGGGAGUACUACUUCGCAAGACACGAAAGAGCAGGAGGAGAUGAAAGGAGAAGCGGCUGUUGUGACCUCUGAACCGGUGAGGGAGGAACUGGUCCAGAGUGCCAUUAGUUUUCUGAGUCACCCCAAAGUCGUGGCAUCUUCCGAUGUCCAGAGGCGUUCCUUCCUGGAAAAUAAAGGGCUCACCGUGGACGAAAUUGAAGAAGCAUUUCGUCGUUUACUUAGCCCACCUUCAAACUCUACAAACUCAAAUAUGUGUGAAUCUCAAGGAAGUCCUGAUCCUGAAACUGUAACCCCUGUGGUGCCCCGGCACCCAAAAUCAUAUAUGGAGGUCAUGGAAAUGAUACAGAGGGGAGAGCGGCCAGAUGAUAUCCAGGAUAUUAAUGAUGAGCCACCAAACCCUGAUCAGCCAAUCUCGAAACCCAGUAUGGCACCCAAGCCCAAGCCAUGGGAGAAGCAAGGCCAACAAAGUUCCGGUUGGGACCUGAAAGUGCUCUCAAGCGACCCAAGCGAAUUGUCGUCAGGAGUUCGAACCGAUAGCACCAGCCAGGCCACGGAAUUAAACAAUAGCUCCGGUUACGGGGAUUUGAUGCUGACGGCAGAGCCGGCUACAGGCUCCAAAGCCUUUCCAUCUUGGAGCCCGAAGGAUUGGAUAAAUAUCUAGAUACCAUCUUGAACCCCAAAUCUGCAUGACUGGGACCAGGUUAGAUAUACCUCCAUGUAAAACCGUAAGGGGCUCUCAUGCCCAUUAUUACUUCCGUAGAACUAGACUCUCCGAAGCAAACAGAUCUCCCCCAUUGUAAUCUCUUGCACAAGGUAUACUGAUACGUCUCCAACGUAUCUAUAAUUUAUGAAGCAUUCAUGCUAUUUUAUUAUC